CUGACUUUAGAUAUGUACCUGAAUUCUGAACAAGUAGCCCUGAUUGGCCAAGUGUUUGAGUCCUAUGUACUGCAGCAUCAUCAAAAGGACAUACUAAGUAUACUGAUGGAAAAUGAUGAGGAUUCCCACUACUCAAUAGUUGUUAAUGCUAUGACACUCUUUGAAACAAACAUGGAAGUCGGAGACUAUUUCAAUGCUUUCCCUAAUGAGAUUCUACCAGUGUUUGAUAAUGCCUUGCGACGAGCAACCAUGAGUCUCAUACAGUCCAACUCACAACAUGACAGGUUUAUUAUGAAGCAAAACCUACAUGCAAGAAUAGCAGGUUUGCCAGUGUGUCCAGAGUUAACCAGAGAGCAUAUCCCACGUGCAAGAGAUGUGGGUCAUUUCUUGUCCAUUAACGGCACAGUUAUUCGCAGCAGUCUAGUGAAAGUUCUGGAGUAUGAACAAGACUUUAUGUGCAACAAGUGUAAGCAUGUAAUUACAGUAAAAGCUGAUUUUGAGCAAUAUUACUCAUUCACUCCUCCAACUGCU